AGCACACGAUGUAAAAUAAUUAGUGCUGCGCCAUCUCUUAGCAUAGAGUUGUUAACCCACGGAAUAAUACAAUCCUGUAAACAUGGCUAAAGUUUCGACGUAUGACAACGUCAACCUCAGUAGCCUGUCAAUUGAAAGUGCAUUGCAGAAUUUGGCUUUACGUUUGCAAACAACAAGCAAAACUCCUGAAGCGUCAAGUAUUCAAAAUGAAUCAAGACGAAAAAAUGAUUGAAGAUCAAAAUUUAUCGCUUGGUCAACCGCUGAGCGACUUCCUCCAACAGCUAGAAGAUUACACACCAACUAUACCUGAUGCAGUUACUUGUUAUUACCUGAGGAGUUCAGGCUUCGAGCCUAAAGAUCCAAGACUCGUUCGACUGAUAUCCAUAGCUGCACAGAAGUUUAUUUCGGACAUAGCAAAUGAUGCACUACAACACUGCAAGAUGAGGACAACAAACUCUUCCAGUCACAGUAGCUCAAAGAGUAAACAAGGUACUAAAGAUAGGAGAUAUUGCUUAACUAUGGAGGAUUUAACACCAGCACUUGCAGAGUUUGGCAUAACUAUAAAGAAACCCCACUAUUAUGUUUAAACUUAUUUUAUUCAUAAUAUGCAUUAAAAAAACUGAAAUUAAUUUUUAACAAUAUAAGAAAAACUAGUACUGUAUUGGAAAAUUGAUCAGCAGAUAUUUGUGAAAAACUUGUUAUUAUAACAUUUAGAUAAAUAGCAAAAAUAUACAUUCAAUAUACC